UAUUUUAACCUCAAUCCAUGUAGGAUCUCCAUACUUUUUGCUUAAACUGACACCGACCUUCGAUGGCCAAGUUAAAAAGAAAAACAUAAAGUGCAACGAAUCAUCUUCCAGCUGCCUUUGGUAUAUUCACUCCAAUAAUUCACAACACAUCAGAGUCCUUAUAUUAGUCUUCCAGAUUUCAAAUUGUAUACUAUUUUACGGGUUUGUCCCUUUUAGGAAAACAACGUGUGCCUUUGUUCUCCUAUAAAGCUUUAUCUCCUACUGAUCAUAGAAAGUCCGCACUAAGAACGAACAAUAUGUAUACCUUGCAAGCUCCGUGGCAAGUAUGUCUAGCUUCUUCCUUCCGAACUGUGCUAGCAUGUUCCAUAGUGGGUUGCACCACCCUCUAUGGACCGGAAUCUGUCCGGCGUAUCUUAACAUUUCCCGCCUUUUCCUAUGUGACAACCAUCUUAAUUGUCCAAGAUGCUACACUCGGUGAUGCCCUGAGAGGUUGUUGGCAUGUUUUAUGUGCCAGCAUUCAAGUAAUCUUGCCUUCUAUGCUGAUUCUCCGGUUGAUUGGACCGUCCGGGUUCACCCAUGGACUAGCUGCUCUAGUGGUGGCACUUACUUCAUUCCUGAUCGCAUUGCCUGGUUCCACGCACUUGACAGCUAAGAGAAUUGCCUUCGGUCAAACUGUGAUUGUUUAUGUAGGUGCAGUUAUUCAAGGUGCAGAAACUGGAGUCAUCACCCACCCGAUUCAUGUUGCGUCAAGCACAGCUCUUGGGGCCUUGGCAUCUAUUCUAGCCAUGCUGUUUCCAUACCCUCACCUAGCCUACCGUGAGGUAGGAAAGGCAUGCAGACGUUAUGCAGAAAAUGCGUCACACAGGUUUAAUCUCUUAGUUGAAGCUUUUUGUGCAAAAGAAAAUAUGGCAGCAUUCAAUUUAAUAACAGAUGCACGGUUAUUUUCUAAAGCGGGAGCUAAGCUUCUUGGAAGUAUCAAAGAUAAACAUGAAGGCAUGCUUUGGGAGAAACCUUGGUUGAGCUCAGAUCCCGGAGAGAAGUUGCAAGAGAUGAACAUGCCGAUUCAAGGGAUGGAAUUGGCCUUGACCGCUUGCAGUUCCUUCCCAAUCAAGAUGAUGGAUGAAGAGCUCCUAGGUGUUGUACAAAUUGCAAAGAAGCAGAUAGCACUGAAACUUGAGCAAGCGAUGUUUUCCGUGCCUUUUGAUGCUGCAACAGCCCCAGAGAUGAAGGGAGAACAUACGUACAAAUCAUCCUGGACCAGAAAAGCCAUUUCGACAAACCAUGAAGAUUUGUCACCCUUUUUCUUCUUGUACUGUAUGGAACUCCAUCAAGAUGGUCCUGCGUGCAUUGUAAAUAAUGAUGCGGAAGCUAAAAUACAAGAAUCUAAUCAAUCAAAGAAGCAAGGAAAAAGUAGAAUGAAGCAGAUGUUGAGUUUCAGCUGUGAAAAAUUGCUUUUUGCAAUCAAGUGCUCACUUACUCUGGGUCUCGCUGUGCUAUUCGGUUUGAUAUAUAACAAAGAAAAUGGAUAUUGGUCGGGACUAACCAUUGCCAUCAGUUUCGUAACAGGGCGGCAAGCAACAUUCACGGUUGCCAAUGCCCGAGCACAGGGGACAGCAAUGGGAUCUGUAUAUGGAAUACUAUGCUGCUUUAUGUUUAAAAAUCUUACAGAUUUUAGGUUCAUACUUCUACUUCCUUGGAUCAUUUUCACCAGUUUUCUGAGGCAUAGUCGCAUGUAUGGCGAAUCUGGUGGGAUUGCAGCAGUUAUAGGGGCAUUGCUGAUCUUGGGAAGGAAAAACUAUGGCACCCCAAGCGAAUUUGCAAUUGCUAGAAUCGCAGAGGCUGCCAUCGGAUUAAUCUGUUUCAUUGCAGUGGAGAUUCUCUUGUAUCCUGCAAGGUCUGUGACACUAGCAAAAACACAACUUUCAAGGACUUUAAGGGAACUUCAAGAUUGCUUUCGAAUAAUAGGCCUCUACACCAAUCAAAAGGAAAAUUCGAGAGAACUGUUGAGAGUAAAGCAGAAGAACCUGAAAUGUCAUGCCAGGGAACUCCAGAAUUUCAUUACAGAAGCCGAAUUGGAGCCUAAUUUCUGGUUCCUGCCUUUUCAUAGUGGUUGCUACAAUAAGCUUCUAAGAUCCAUUUACGAAGUGGCAGAUUUACUGCACUUUUCAAUCCAUCAAAUUGGAUUUCUCUCACAAACAUGCCAGAUUCUGGGAAUUACAUGGGAGGAGAUCCAAAAACAGAUAUGCAAUGACCUAGAACAUCUCAUGGACAAAACUGACUAUUUAUCAAAAUGCCUGGAUGAGGUAUUUCUAGUCAAGUCUCUAGCAGAGAUUGAAAAACAGUUGCAAAAGGACAAUGUAUCCCAUGACCUCGAAUUGGGAAAAUCACCAAAUGGGGAUCUCUCUACACAUUUGGGGUCUGAAGAAAACAACAUUUUGGAGAUUGGAAAGUCAUUCCUUCAACAAACAAUCAGAGUUUCCAAUACGACCAAGGGUAAUGAAGUUGAAGAGAUGCUUAAAAGCCAAAUGGUUCUAUGUCUUACCGGCCUAGGUUUCUGUCUUAAUAAUUUGAAGAGAGGAGCCACGGAUAUAGAGAAAGAAAUAACAGAACUACUAAAAUGGGAGAAUCCAACAAUACCUGUCCAGUUGCAAUCUAUAUGAGGAAUGGCUUAACAGUGACCUAGCUAUCAGCAACUUCAAGUACAAAUUAUUCUUUUUUCUGCAGCUAGAUAAAAGAGACGACAGAAAAGAAUAUAUGAACUAGGAUUUUCUAAAGCCUG